UACAUAGAUGGAUGGACAUAUUGACACUUGGUACAAUUUAGCCUCCCGCUGCGUGUUUAGGGGAAGGGAGCGGUAUGAAAUCCUUUCGAUUCAUGGCUUUAGUAACUAUAAUGCCAAGCACAGUCUAAUCAAAGUGCCAACUGCCCAGUGUUAAAUUUAUUUCGGACAUCUUCAAACGAUCAUAUUCUUCGACGGUUCUCCUGCCACUCAAUCCGACUGUACUUUAAGAUGGUAAACUUUCCGCAGUGCAGUGAAGGCAGCAUCGGUGAAACGGCAGAGACCAGAAGGACACACUCCGAGUGGAGUGUGAGAGGAACCUGUACUCUUCCACAACAUCAGGAGACAGGAAUCUACAACAGAUAAUAUUUUUUGGGCUUCAAGGGAAGACACGCAAUACUAAACAAUCCAUGUUUACCUUGACUGGAUCCGGACUCUUGACAUAUGCUUUUUGGAACGACGCACCGUUUUUUUUUUUUUUUUUUUUUUUUUGUGUGCGUAUGCUGCGGGCUUCAACGGUGUUUCAACUGGUCGAUGAUGAAGAUGUUUGCCGAUCUGUGCGAAUUAUGAAGAUGGAGGACAGAUGCCAGUGAAAUGACUGAAGAAAGGAAGUGUGAUAUAAUAAUCAUAUCAAGACUGUUUGAAACGGUUCAUGGAGAGAUGAAGAAUUAAGAACCCUGAAAAGUCCAUCUUUAUUCAGAUACAUUUGAACAGCAGAUACAACAUUGGAAGAUAUCUUUUUGAUCAAGUUGACAUUUUAAGGCACGCACAUGUUUUCCUUAUGUUGUGGAACUGCUUGCGCAGAUUAACUCAGACUGACCAAAAUUACUGACAGUCAUCGAUGAAGGUGGCAAGAUGUCAUUGUUUCCUGGAACCGGACAGUGUUAAAUGAAUUGCUGUGAUAACAGCUUCGUCUGUGGAUGACUGCAGGCAGAUAACAUUUUAAUUAAGUAACAAAGGCCCACCUGACAUCUCUAGAUGUGCAACAGCAGAUAGCGUCAAAUUUAUCUUUUUUUUUUUUUUUUUCCUGAAAGAGGCCAAACAAACAGGCUACAUCAAAUCCCAUGAUGAAUCCCAGUGUGGGGGUGAUGGACACUCAGGUGAGGAAUCAGAGGGAAAAGUUGACUGCCACCAAGGUCAAUUCCAAACAUGAUAUUGAGGGUGAGGAUGACAAAAUACCAGGGUCUUAUGACUGCAGUGUUUGCGGCCGCAGCUUCCCUUUCUUGAGCUCUUUGUCACAGCAUAUGAGACGCCAUACUGGUGCACGCCCUUAUAAAUGCCCCUACUGUGACCACAGGGCCUCUCAGAAGGGCAACCUCAAAGUUCAUAUACGCAGCCACAAACUGGGCACGCUUUCUAGCCACCACUCCAAUGAGGAUGAAGUGGGGGGCGCAGAGGAAGAGGAGAUGAGUGUUUCAGAGGGUCUGGACGGAGGCACAAGUCCAACCAAGAGCAGUUCAGCUUGUAAUCAGAUGAUCAAUCGCGACGGUGCCGAAGAAAGUCGCAGGAAAGUGGCUGUGAGGAGCCUGAAACGAGAGAAACCUGUAAGUGAUCAGCUGCCUUACUGCUGCCGACUUUGUGGCUAUGAGGCCCAGCGGGAGGACCAGCUCCUCAGUCACAUUGAGAAGGUCCACAUCACUGUCGACACGGGCGAGCAGAUGUGUCUUAAGGAAGAAGCUGUGGCCGAAGCGGCUGAAUCACAGUGUGAUGAGACCUUUCCCUGUGAAACCUGCGGUCAGGUGUUCACCCAAGCCUGGUUCUUGAAGUCACACAUGAAGAAACAUGCUGGGAUCUUGGACCAUUGCUGUCAAAUAUGUGGAAGACGUUUCCGCGAAGCUUGGUUUCUGAAAUCACACAUGAAAACACAUAACACCAGAUCGCGGUCUCGUGCAAAAUCUGAUUCUGUUGAGCAUCCUGCCACGAUUAAUGAUGUAGCACAGGGCCCUGAAAUUGUUGGCUCUGUUGCGUCCGUCUACCAAAUGUGCUCUAAAUGUGGGAACCUGUUUCAUAGCAAAGAGAGCCUGAGGGCUCAUGAUAAACUCCACAGUCUCAGUUUUGGAAAGAAACCUCAGAACCAGUCACGACACACUGAUGAUGAUGAUGAUGAUGAUGAUUUACCAGCCACAAAAAGACGUUUACUUGACUAUUUAGGCCUUCAGCCUGCUGCAGCAAAAGCCGAUGAGGAAAAAGGAAGUGCUAAGAUCCUGGGUCAGAGAAUCCCAGAGCUUGAUCCAGUUUGCAGCUACCAAGCAUGGCAUUUAGCUACCAAAGGAAAAGUUGUAGAACCAAUAGAGAACAACAAGGUUUCCAGUGAUGGAGGAAGUAUUGGAGAGGAAGACAAUGCUACUGCCGCUGUAGUUGAUGAGAAAGAGAACAACAGUUACGCCCUUCAAAUUCAAGAAAAACGCAGCACAGGUCGCCGGAGCACCUCUGGUUUGGGAAACCAAGCUUCAUCUGGAGACCAGACGCCAGAGAACCUCAGUGAUUCCGAAUAUCGACCAUCAUCACGACAGGAACGGAGGCGGCCAUCCCAGUCUCAAGGUCCCGCUAAAUCCAUUAAGUGCUUUGAAUGUGGGAAGGUGUUCCGCAGUCGUCACCAGGUGAUUGUUCACCAGCGAGUCCACAGAAAGGAUGCGGGCAGGACACCAAUGGGCGACAAGGAAAAAAAUGGAAGUAAAGACCAGUGGAGCUCCACCAGUGAUCCAGAAUCAGGCUCCCCAAACCGACCCUUUACCCCAGGGUAUGGAGAUUCACCACCAGCCUCCACAUUCAGAGACCAGGCAUCUGAGAUGGGCACGGCUAACUCAGGAAAGUUUGCAGAUGAGAGGCCUUAUAUCUGCAGCUUUUGUGACUUUGUUACCACUGAGUCACAUACCUACCUGGCUCAUGUCCAUGUCCAGCAUUCGGCUGCCGCCGAAGACAGAACUGGCCCCAUUCCUACAGUCACCCCCAAUGGAUAUCCCAAACUGAAGAAAGCCCUCCUGCUAGAUCUGGAAAAUAUUCCAUCCCCUCCUGCUCAUCCUUCCACUUGCUCUUCUCCCCCUGAGCCUGUUUUGAGCCCUGUGGAUUUAUGUAUGAGGGCUGAGGGUCACAGGGGCCAAGCCCCGCUAACCAUAGACAGGAAAAUCCUCCCUAACCACAAAUGCUCCUUCUGCUCCCAUUGUACCCUCUAUCCUGAGGUUCUGUGGAUGCACCAGACUGUGGCUCAUCGCAUGACCAGUGGUAGCUCCAAUCUGGUUCCUAAAUGGGCGCUUAAAAACAACAACAAGGGGCCAAGAGACUUGUCCUCCAGGAGACGUACUGGCCCCCCACCAGUCUUGGAGGGUAAGGAAUGCCCACCACUGCCAGUAGUUGUGCAUGCCCAACGCACACGGCCUCCAAACAAGACCAAUGAAGUACUAAAAAAGAACAAAAUGGGUUGUCGUGCAGAUACAGCAUCGUCAUCAUGCCCUCACUCUUCAUCUUUAUUGCUGAGACCCUCCACAUCCACUUUAGGAUCUCAUGCUGCAAAAGUCCCUCAGAGUCAGCCUCCGCGCUUUAGACCCAAAGUUGAUCUUUCCUCUCAGAGGAGAUCGCUGUCAUCCUCCAGCUCUAAGGAGAAGAGUACCGGCACCCUUUCUCGUUCCCCAGUGCCAAGCCUCAACUCUGCUACAGCUACCAAAAGGGCAGAAUGUUACAUGAUGCCUCAGGAGGGACUCGGCUUCAUGCUUUCGAGCAAGUACAGUACCCAAACAGAGUACAACCGAGCUAGAGGUUUCUCUCAUCAACCACUCACCAACUCCCAUGGCCAGCGACAGACUAAUGCCACGAGGCCUAGUAGCAGCAUCCACAGCUCCACAGCAGGCCACUCUGGAGCGACGCAGCCAUACGGAGGCAUUCUUCAGACUUCAUCAUCCUCCCUGCCCUCAGAGGCUCGUGGGAAUGUGAAGCAGGAGCCAACAUCAGAGAUCCCAGAUAUGCCAAACAACAUCCUCAGCUUCCUGAAAAACUCUAGCCCGCAUGAACUGGCUGCGCUGUACCACCGCUGGGGUGCCACCAAUUCUCUUUUGGAUCCCACCGGGAUGCUGAGGUCUCUCAUGAGACAAGGACAGCAUUUCUGCCACGAGUGUGGGAAGAGUUUCAGUCAGCCCAGCCACCUUCGUACUCAUAUGAGGUCCCAUACAGGCGCCUCUAUUUCCUCUCCUGUCGUGUCACGUCCAUCAUGUGAGUGCGCGGUGAUCACAACAGACAGGGAGAUAAGUAGCGUCUUUGUGGAGAGUGUGAAUGAUAUGUGGCAUCGCCAGUGAUUCUAAGUGACAGAGGCCAAAUGGUAAGUGAUGCAAAGCUGAGUUUCCCCUAAGCCCUAUUGUAAACACACACACACACACACACACACACACACACACACACACACACACACACACUGAGCAAAUUAACACACUCACGCCCAUACACAGGCUCUGUAAACUCGAGCCAAGACUGUAAUUAAUGUUGUCACCGACAAUUGUCCUCAGCAUGGACGUACGCACAUAGAAAAGGCCAUCCGCCCCGAGGCCUCUAUUAACAUGCGUCAUAUUAAAUCACUGACUUGGCUCAACCAAGUUCCAUCGCCAUCAUCAUCACCUUCACCGCCGCCAUCAUCAUUACUGCUAGCUCACCUCCAUUAGCAUGGGCACUGGUGGCGAACGCCGCACUUCGUAGUGCGGCUGGUGGAACAAGGAGAAAACCAAAUGCUUGUGUGGGUCUUGAUGGAGCUUUUAACCGGAUGCCCCCCUUCCUCCUCCUCCUCUUCCUCCUCCUCCUUCUCCUCCCCCACCCUCGUCCUCCUUCUCA